UAAUACACACAUUUUUAUUAUCAUUAUCAUCACCCCCCUCCCCCGGUUUCAGAGGGGUUCGGAUCUUUCUUUAAAUCACAGAAGCUUCAUCGUAGGUAUUUCCCUCCUGCUUGGGCGAUGUGCGACGAACAUUUAUUUCUCUUGUAACCCGGUCUGUGUUAGUCUCUGCAAGCAUUCCGAUUUGUAAAAUUAGAACACGCCACAUUGCAGCCUUCCCCUCGCCUUUUACCCCUCCCCAGAGUCGACAGUACAGCAGCAGCACAGUACGCUAGACAGCAAAUCGCCUCCCGCGAUGCAACGCCGGCCAGAUAAUUCAGUUCUUCGCCUUUUAAUUUAUUGGACAGAAAUCGGGCGGUGAGUGUUUUUUAAAACCUGAAACUGUGUUCGCUUGAGAUGCAGUGAUUGCACGAUAUACGUACGGGUAUUGAGUUCGAAUGCAUUCAUCAGUACAACGUCACGGAGACUCAACACUACGAGAGAUAAUCUGUGAAAUCACAUGUGGUUCAAAGUAGUUCUCGUAACUUCAGUUAAAGUUUUCUAUUAUAUCAUUUUUAUAUAUAUUUAAAACAAAUCGAAGCUAAUGUUUUUAUAAUAAUUCCUAAUAGUAACCGAGACAAUAAUAUAAACAAUAAUGUGUGACGUGUCAGUGUUGUGACCUAUUUUGAGCGUGUGCUCGUGUGGAGAAUAUGCCGGACAUCGGUCGUAGACGAAUACGUGGGACCAUGUCCUCACUAAACUCAAAGAAUGUCCAGUAUUAUUCCUGCUUAUUGUUGUUUUUAGUGGUUCUUAUGGCCUUUCUACCCACUUCGUUGGAACAAGAUGAAGACAUUCCGCACAACGAAGUGAAGAACUGGGCACUAAAGUUCGGAGUGAGCCUUUGGGAAUUCGGCCGCCAGUUUACAAAGAUGAGCGAGAUUGAAAAGAAAUAUUACGACCUGGACGUGGAGGUAACAAGGAAAGAUGGCCUCAUCCUUAUUAGAGAAAUGGCAGCCGAGGUGAAGAACAUGAUGGACAUCAAGAUGAACGCCGUCAUGAGGAUCAUGGACUCGGCAGAGCAGGCUGCACUGUCUCAGAAGCUGGACUCGGCGUCGGCUGUCCGCUACUACAACGCUCGGCGUCUCAACGAAUAUGGUCCGGACGGCCGCCUGCAAGAUGGCUCGAAGGAGAUGAGCCUAACGCAGAGCAAGCACUUCGACCAGCUGGCCGUGAACAUUAGCCUGAGCUCCGUCCUGCUGCCACCGGAAGUACGCGACUCAGACCCAGAAGUACUGAACGCCAUCAAGUGGUCGGAACACCUGGACCCACUGUUCAUCAACAACUACGAGAUGGACCCCUCGCUCUCUUGGCAGUACUUCGGCAGCUCUACGGGCUUCCUCAGGAGGUACCCCGCGAUCAAAUGGCCUCCUGACGAUUCGUCAGCAAGGAGUGGGCAGGAGCUGUACGAUUUCCGCACCAGCUCGUGGUAUAUAGACUCUGCAACGAGCCCAAAGGAUGUGGUGAUCUUACUCGACAGCUCGGGAUCGAUGACCGGCCAGCGCAGGGAAAUAGCAAAGAGUGUCGUCAAUGCCAUCCUGGAUACGCUCGGCAAUAACGACUUUCUGAACGUGUUCAGGUUCUCUGACACAACGGAUCCACUGGUGCCAUGUUUCAAAGACAUGCUUGUCCAGGCAAACAUGGAAAACAUAAGGGAAAUGAGAAAUUACUUGGACACAACAAGAGCAGAAAAUAUAGCGAACUUCUCAUCGGCACUCAUCACGGCCUUCGAAAUAUUACAUAAGUACAAUCGUACAGGGCAGGGCUGCCAAUGUAAUCAAGCCAUCAUGCUCAUCACAGAUGGUCCACCAUAUGACUACCAUGAGAUCUUCAAGCAGUACAAUUUGCCACACACUCCUGUCCGGGUGUUCACGUACCUUAUUGGGCGCGACUCAUCAAAUGCAGAAGAGAUGAACAGGAUUGCCUGCACCAAUAAAGGUAAACAUUAA